AUGGAGGAGAAUAUUGAAAAUAAUCUUCCAAAGAUUAAUGAGAUCAUUAAAUAAAAAUGUGAAGAGAGAGAAAAACAAAUUUAAUAAGAAGUUAAAACUCAUUUAGAAAAUUAUCAAAAGGAAUGUUAAAAAUUGAUAAAUGAGAAAAAAGGAUUAGAAAAAGAUUUAGAAUUAGAAAAAUAAUAAAAGAUGAAAGAAAUGGAGUAAAUAAAAAAAAAUGAAGAAGAAAAAUAAAAGAAAUAUUACGAUUUGACAGAAAAAUUAAAAGCUUUACAAGAUGAUUUAAAUAAAACUAAAUUCGAAUUAUCUAACAAGGAAAAGUCUAAUUAAAAUUUGAUUAAAGAAAAAGUAUAUUACAAUCAAAUAUUGAUUAAUUAAAGAUAGAAUUUGAUAGAGUAAAAUUAGAAUUAUAAAAUAAAACCAAAGAAUUAUAAGAAUUAAAUGACAAAAUUGAAAAAGGUUAGAAUUUAAAAAUUAUUGAAUAACAAAAUAAAUUUUAUGAAGAAUAAUUAGCUUCUUAAUCAGAAGAUUUUUCAAAUAUAAUUAAAAGACUUAUGAGUG